CCAGAGGCACGGUACCGAGAGAAGUGGAAGUCUGUUUGUCUUUUUUAGUAUUUUGCUCAACUAUUCAACCACCCAGAUUGCGCCAUUCUCGGAAAAUUCCUUAUCCCUUGGAACACAGACGAAAUCACAUCACCAUCUAUGGCGACCGGAAGCAGCUCAACUUGUCGAGAACCCAAAAAGACCAUGCAGACCUCUCACUUACUACGGGAGGUACUACCGAACCUCCCGUCCGAAAUCAUCUACGAUAUACUAUCGAGGCUUCCCGUCAAGUCUCUGCUGCGAUUCAGGUGCGUUUCCAAAUCGUUGUGUUCUUUGAUUUCUGAACCCGAAUUCGCAAAAACCCAUCUCAGUUUAGCAUCUAGGAACAAUGUUUAUGGCCACCAUAAACUCAUUCUAACCGAGCAGGAUCGCAAUGGAGUCGAUUGCUCUCUUUACUCUAUUUCGAAUGAGCAAUCUGAUACUGCUGUCAAGCUUGAUUGCCUUGUGAAAGGACCUGAUUGUGGAGAAAGGAUUGUGGGUUGCUGUGAUGGAUUGGUAUGCAUUGUAAGUGAAAGGGAAGUACGUAUAUGGAACCCAUCUACUAGGAAAUCCAAGAGAUUCCCGAAUGUUGAAACGCAGAACCUUUCAGUCGGGAGGUAUGUGAGGUACGGGUUUGGUUAUGCUGAGUCUAUUGACGACUACAAGGUGGUGGGAUUCUUUCGUGACGUAAAUACUGGUCUUGAGUUUGAAGCGCAGGUGUGUACAUUAAGGACUCAUUCAUGGAGGAGGAUUGGAAGCUUUCCUUUUUGUCUUCCUUCAGAUGGUUUAGUGACAAAUUUGAACGGUAGCGGUAUAUUUGUGAGUGGUGCGCUACAUUGGUUUUUGGGUGGCAAUGGCGGUAGCAUUAUUGUUUCUCUUGAUUUGGUGAAUGUGACGUUCGGAGAGGUUUUGGAACCUCAUUAUCAACGUGGUAGUUUGGAUCAGAUUGGGUUGGAUGUCUUAAAUGGAUGCCUCUGUACACUCGCUACCUACGAUGAUUGCACUGAUGUUUGGGUAAUGAAGGAAUAUGGUAUUAGAGAGUCCUGGGCCAAGUUGAUUACCAUAACUUAUGCAGCACAUCCUUUUGAUGGUCAGUACUCCCAACCAUUGUGCAUUUUGGCGAAUGGUGAAAUUUUACUCCAUAUCCAGUCGCAAUUAGUUCUGUACAACUACAUAGAUGGCACAUUUAGCUAUCCUAUGAUUCAUAUUUUUUCGUCUUUUUCUGUGCAUACCUACGUUGAGAGUCUAGUCUUGACUGACACUGAUGCUGAUAGUGGGGUUUAGUGGCGACACCAACACUAAAGGGAAUGAAGGAACUGAGAAUGAGAUGUGUGAUUCCAUUAAUCGAAUGGCAUCUAUGGUAGGCUCCGUGAAUUGCUUACGACUUUGGCAUGUAAUGAGAGCUACUCGUAAUACUCUUAUAUUUUCUUUUAUUUGUAAUAGUUCUUUACUUGGGCGGUUUGAAUAUUUCUAUUCCGUACAUAUUGGUUCCCGAGCUUUUUGAAAUAAUAGUAAUGUCAUAUGGAUCUAGUCU